GACGCCACGGCAUCAAGAAAGAAAACUAACAGUGUUAAAGAGCUAGGAUAAAUUUCGCAGUAGCUCCUGUCCAAGACAACCUCUCCCAACACAAACCGCAAAGAAGAAAAGACAUGGCGAGUUCAGUGCUCCAUGGCAUCACCGAGAGAGUCCUGCAGAAGCUGGGCUCGCUUGCCCUUCAAGAAGAUGCCUUGGUUGAUGAUGGCAUUGAAGCCAAGCUGAGGAAGAUUCAAUAUGCUUUGGCUUCCAUUAAAGGGGUGCUCUUGGAUGCUGAAGAGAAACAGGGGCACAACUACAAGCUCAGAUCGUGGUUAGAGCAGCUUAAAGAUGUCUUGUAUGAUGUCGAGGACUUGCUUGAUGAUGUCCAGUGCGAAGCCUUGACGAAGAAACUGAAUGGUCAACAACGAAAACAUGGCAAGGUACGGCACUUCUUUUCUUGUUCUAAUCCCUUCACAUUCCAUCUGAAAAUGGGCAAAAAGAUUGGUGAGAUAGUAGGACGAUUGAAGCAGAUGGUUGGUGAGAUUGAGGGGUUCGGUCUCAGCAAGCGAGCCUGCGAUGGCGGUGUAGUAGGAGUGAGAGUGAGAGAGAUGAAACCCAACUUGGUGAGAGGAUUUGGUCCCAUCAUUGGGAGGGAUGCUGAUAAAGAUAGGAUAAUUGAGCUCUUGAUGCAGCGAGAUCCGCCUAGAGAUGGCGCGAAACUUUCGGUGAUUCCCAUCGUCGGAAUCGGAGGUUUUGGCAAGACUACACUUGCUAGUUUGGUGUUCAAUGAUGAUAGAGUGCGAGAACACUUUGCUCUGACAAUUUGGGUGAGCAUGCCUGGUAGUUUUAAUGCAAGGCUAAUCGUGGAAAGGAUCAUCCAGAGUAAACUUGGCCAAAGUUUGAACAACUUGGACUAUCCCCAGUUGCAGACUCUUCUAAGGGGCAUAAUAAGUCGCUGUAAGCUCUUACUGGUUCUAGAUGAUGUGCAGAAAAUGAAUUGGGCUGGGUGGGAUCAUUUGAGGUCUCAGUUGGCCGAAGCUGCCGAUGGAACCAAGGUUAUUGUGACCACUCGAGAUGCGAAAGUACCUAACAUCACAAGUUCCCUGCUGGCAUACAACUUGCAGGGCCUUUCACAUGAAGACUCUAUGUCCUUGUUCAAGACAUGGGCAUUUGACCAAAACGAACGGGAAAUACGCCCGCGUCUACUCCAGAUCGGGGAUGAAAUUGUAGGAAGAUGCAGUGGCGUCCCUUUGGCUCUGAAGAUGUUGGGCGGCCUACUGUACUCGAAGGACAACGAACGAUUUUGGGAACUAGUGAGAGAUGACGAUAUGUGUAGAUCCAUACAAACAGAGGAGGACAUUCUAUGCAUCCUGAAACUGUGUUACAUGUAUUUGCCAUCCCACUUAAAACAGUGUUUUGCCUUGUGUUCAGUUUUUCAUAGAGGCCACAUCACCAUCGAUUUAACUACGGCUUAUUUUUGGACAGCGUGUGGGCUCAUUCCACCAUCAAAUGAAGACGGAACUCCUGAAGACACCUGUAACAAGUACUUGAAAGAGUUGUGGUCCAGAUCCUUCUUCCAAGAAGCCUGGCAGAGGGGUCCAUCUCUCUCUUUUAAAAUGCAUGAUUUACUUUACGAUCUAGCAUUAUCAGUGUCAACGGAACAAAUCGAUUGCUCCCUGCUUAGUCGUAGUUCCCAGAGAAUUCCAGAGAGAACUCGACAUGUUUCAUUAUUGCACACUCUUUCGUCGGGGCAAAUGAAGGAGAACGAAGCCCCACCAUUCUUGAGCAGGUUAAAGUCGAACAGAGUGCGAAUGUUUAACUGUGACUCCCAGGACACGUUCAAUACAAGAAAAUCUGUUGACAGCAUGUCUAAGUGCGAAUACUUGAGGUUUAUGCACUUGUCCUUUUCCAGCUUUGAAGAGUUACCGGGUUCCAUAGGCAAGUUAAAGCAUCUCACAGUGCUUAGCCUAGGGGGUAAUUGCCGCAUGAAGAAACUUCCGGAUGCUAUCUGUAAGCUACAUAGCUUGCUGUUUUUAUCUGUCUCCAGGUGCUCAGGACUAGAGGAAUUGCCUCGAGACAUGGGUAGGAUGAUCAACCUUCGAUGUCUGUGGUUGACCACGAAGCAGAAAAGUCUCCUCGACAGUAGAAUUCAUCGCAUGAAAUCUUUGAGGUACUUGUUGAUCCGUAAUUGUGGAAAUCUAGAAGUGUUGUUUGGAGGCAGAGUAUGCUUGAACAACCUUCUAUCUUUGGAAAUAGAGAAUUGUCCACGACUGGUGUCUCUGCCGCUGGGUGAACUGACUGCAUUGGGGGCAUUGAGGAUCACAGGUUGUGACAAGCUCAUGUUGACUCAGCUCGAGGAUAACAAAUCGGGCCUCUUCCCGAAGCUUCGUUUCUUCAUGGUCUCAGCUUCACAGCGAUUGGUGCACUUGCCACAGUGGCUUCAGGCCUCUGCUGACACCUUAGAGGAGUUGCACAUUAUUGACUGCAUAAACUUGAUGGCUCUACCUGAGUGGCUGCAAGAUCUUAAACAUCUCAAAAAGCUUCAUAUCUUUGGGUGUCCUCGACUGUCAUCGAUGCAAGGAGUGAGUUUGCUCAGCGCACUCCAAGAGCUGCACAUUGCAGGUUGCCCUGAACUGAGUAGAAAAUGUCCGGUGGAAGAUGGUGAGCUUUGGCCUGAGGUUUCUCAAGUGUCCUUCUAAGGUCGACUGGAAAGUGAUCCAAUCAAAUGAUCAUUAGGUUAUGUGGAUUGUGUGCUUAAAAGCAUCUGGAGCGAGACUGCUCUAUAUACAUCUGCCGAACCUCUCCGAAGUCCCCAGGCCAAGAGUGUCGGCAUUUUCUGGAUUGGUGUACCUUGUGUUCAGGUUGAAGACCAACGUUACUUCUUUGAGUAAACUGAGGCUCAUUUUGCUGUAGUUUGAAUGUGUUAGUCUGCCCUCUUGAGGAACAAUUUCAUGCUUCUGGCUUUGGAAACUAUUCAUUUCUCUUUGACAUUAGAAAACUUGUCAUCUCAUCGUGAAA